GCAGGCCAAAAAGUCGCCAAGAACGGUAGCUGCAGAUUUGGAUGCGUGAGUGUGACCGCAGUGAAGCACAUGUCUGGUCUAAAUGAUUUAAGUACGAUGAGAAAAAUGUGGGGUGUUGCGUAUGGAAGUUUUUAUUUGAUUUUUCUGAGCACUGAACACUGAAUCUGAGUACAGAACACUGAAACUGGUGUGGUGAGUGCGCCAUGAGCAGCUGGUGGAGAAGCCAUGGAAUCUUGCUGCGAACUUUGUAUGUAUUGUUUCUGGGUCAGGUCGUUUCUUUUGUACUUGCAGUCGCCAGCUUCUCUUCGUCUUUUAUAGCCGAUCUUGGUGUGGAUGCGCCUCUUACACAGAGUUUCUUCACUUAUUUGUCUUUAGCUUUGGUUUAUGGGAGUAUCUUGUUGUAUAGGCGUCAGAAACUUCGGAUUUCCUGGUACUGGUAUCUCUUCUUGGGCUUUGUCGAUGUUCAAGGGAAUUAUCUGGUCAAUAAAGCCUAUCAGUAUUCAUCGAUUACUAGUGUGACAUUAUUGGACUGUUGGACCAUACCAUGGGUCAUUAUUCUCACAUGGAUCUUUCUAGGCACUCGAUAUUCCUUAUGGCAGUUCUUUGGUGCAGCUCUCUGUAUUGUAGGCCUUGGUUUAGUCCUUCUCUCUGAUGCUGGGGUGGGCGGUGGAGAUGGUUCAAGACCUCUUCUCGGUGACAUACUUGUCAUUGCAGGGACACUUUUCUUUGCCUUGAGCAAUGUUGGUGAGGAAUUUUGUGUCAAGAAGAAAGAUCGUGUUGAGGUAGUAACAAUGAUUGGUAUUUUUGGAUUGCUAGUGAGUGUAUGCGAGAUAUCCAUAAUGGAGUUAAAGAGUCUGGAAUCGGUGGAGUGGUCUACUGAUAUUAUAUUAGGCUUUGUUGGUUAUGCCGUGUCAACCUUUCUGUUCUAUACCAUUGUUCCCUUUCUUCUGCAGAUCAGUGGAGCCACAUGGUUCAACCUUUCCCUUCUCACAUCUGAUAUGUGGGCAGUGGUGAUUCGCAUCUUUUUCUACCACCAGAAGGUUGAUUGGUUAUACUAUAUUUCUUUUGCAAUGGUUGCUGUUGGACUCGUCAUUUAUUCAAAAACUGAAAAGGACCCCAUUCCCCUACCAACUCUUGGGGAUGGAAACCACAAUGCAGAAUAUCAAGUGCUAGAUGAAGAGAAUACAGAAUCUAGGAAUGAAACUCCUGCUUCAUGAGGAUCAGAGCAGUUUAAAAAAAAAAAAAAGGGAUUGACUUGGAAGUUGUCUCCCCUGCUGCUAGAAGCUGUCCUCUUGAGAGAUAAAUUUUUAAAUAGGCAUAGCGAUUCAGAGAAUGUGGCAAGCUUUCUUACAAGAAGGCUGAGCCAUUGACUAGUUGGUAGUAAGAUAGCAGUCGUUCCGACUGAUCCAAUGUGAUAUUGUCUAUCUGUUAAGCAUCUUAGUUACUGUAUGCUGCUACCAUUUUUCUGGUUAUUCAAUUAUUAUUUAAUUUUUCUUAGCAUUUCCAAACUGA